AUGAGUAAAGGAUCUGAAGAAAAAUGGGCUUGUGAAAUUUGUACUUAUGAAAACUGGCCUUCAAGUUUAAAAUGUACAAUGUGUCGUUCGAAAAAACCCCUUUUCGGAGAAGACAUAUACAAAUUAAGGGAAAAGAGGCAGGAGAAAAAUAUCUUGAAAAUAGAUACUGAAGGUUAUUUAGAAAAUGGGAAAAAAACUAGGGGAUCAGAUAGCAGAAGAGAUGUUAACAUGCAUGGAGCCAGAGCUGUCACACCGGAAGUACUUACUAAUUCAACUUGGCCAUGCUCCGUUUGUACAUUUUUAAAUUCGGAAAAUUUAUUAAAUUGCUUACAAUGUGACACUCCGAGAAGUGCGAAAAUAAGCAAAAACACCACCAGCCCAAAUUCUGAUAUUGAAAAAACCAAAGUUAUAUAUAAAAAUUCAAAUUAUUCUAGAGUUGAAAAUGAAAGUAAUGUUAGAAAAUUAUCAAAGUCUAAUUCUCAAAACUUAAGUUUUUUAUCAAAUUCAGAUAAAAUAUCUAUAACAAAGUCAAAUUCGCAAAACAUGUUGGAAGGCAAGGAUAGAAAUAAAUUGUACAAAGUUAAUUCAAAUAAUAAAAGUCCGGAGAGAAGUCCACCGAAUCUAGAGAGAAACAACAGCCCUCAAAAUGUAAUUAUUCAAAGAGAAACAGAUUUAGUUGAUUCCAAUAUACUGUCUGACAGAUUAGAUAAGAGUCCAAGCAGUAGAAACAACAAAAAAAAUCAAAGUCAAAGUAAAUAUAACUCUAUUAAUGAAGAUGUCGAAACUACCAUACAUGCAACCAAAAUUAAUUCAUCCGUAGGUCUCAACACUCAAGCCAAUCAUUUAAAUCGAGGUCAAAUGUCUUCCACCCAAAAGUGGUCAUGCCCUCAUUGUACUUACGAAAAUUGGCCGAAAUCUGGAAAAUGUAUAAUGUGUGGGCUCGGUAACAAUCCACAUCCGAUACAGGCUGCCAAGAGUUCGCCUACAGACAGUCCAGAUUGUGAUUCUGCCCGAGGAGGUUGCACUCCUUUAGUCAAUGAAGAAAAUUACAAUAUGACUUCUAUAAGAAGAUCAAAUUCUAAGAGGUUUGAAUCAUCAGAGAUUAAUUCAAAUCCUCAACAACAAUCACCGAAUAACUGCGAAUAUGAGCGAAGGCUUAGACUUUCAAGGCAAGCCGAUUGGAGUUGGUUAGAUGCAUGUAUAGGUGUUGUGGAAGGAGAUCCAAAUCCUGUGGAAGCGUACCUUAAUUCCGGAGGGAAUCCAGCUAGGUUUCUUACACCAAAUGAGAUAGCCAUUCUUAAUAGACCGAGUGCUUUUGAUGCUGGACAUACUUUAGUUCAUUUAGCUAUAAGAUUUCAUCGAGAAGAUAUGCUAGCUACUUUGCUAUCACAAAUAGAAGGAAGUGGUUCGGGGGUUAAAAGAGUACCCUCUUACGUGGCCCCCGAUUUGGCUGCUGAUAUCAGAAGACACAUUAGUUCUACCCUCAGGCAAAGAAAGGGAAGUUUUCCUUGCUAUUUUGUAACCGAAUCUGCUACAUUUGCACUGCCAGCAGAAGUCGAAGAUUUAUCUACACCAAUUCAAGAUCAAUUAUUCGAAGAAUUAUUAGACAAAGAAGUACAAAGUCAACUAGAAAGUGAUCCUCCUGUGUUAAACUGGUCUUUAGAAAUUACGGUGAGAUUAGGAUCUAGGUUAUAUGCCUUAUGGAAUCGCAGCGCUGGAGACUGUUUACUAGAUUCCGCGAUGCAAGCUACUUGGGGAGUUUUCGAUCGUGAAAAUGUUUUAAGAAGAGCUUUAGCCGAUAGUCUUCAUCAAGGAGGUCAUCUAUUUUAUCCAAGAUGGAAAGAAUACGAAUCGUCUCAGGCUUCUCUCCUUCAUUUCACAAUGGAUGAAACUCAAUACGAAGAAGAUUGGGCUGGUCUUCUUAGUUUAGCCAGCCAGCCCGGUGCCAGUCUCGAUCAAUUGCACGUAUUUGCUUUAUCACACAUUCUUAGAAGACCCAUCAUCGUGUACGGCGUCAAAUACGUCAAAAGUUUUCGAGGAGAAACUUUAGGUUUAGCUAGAUUCGAAGGUGUUUACUUGCCUUUGCUAUGGGAACCAUCUUUCUGCAUUCGGUCUCCGCUUGCUUUAGGUUACACGAGAGGCCAUUUUUCAGCUUUGGUACCCUUGGAACCAUAUAGUAGAUUAAACGGCACUGCUAGUCUUUCCGCUGCUAACAAUAUUAAUGACAAUAGCGAUCACUUGCAAGUCACGUUCCUACCUCUCAUGGACCGAGACAGAAAAAUGCUCCCCGUUCAUUUUUUAACUCAAAAUGAAAGAAGAAUAUAUAUUAAGACAAUGGUUGGAUGUGUGCGUCACCGAGGGAGGAAUAACCGUGCGCAGCAAAAGCUUCAUAAAAGACCUUUAUUAGUAGCUCAAAUGUUAGAAGAAUGGCUUUAUCAUUAUAGAAGACUAGAGUGA